CAAAGCAAAAAUUCAAAAAGACUUCAUCAACCAGGAGACCUCUCAAAAAGUCAAAAAGUUCAGGAUUGUAGACAUUGCAAAUGAGGAAUCCAAGCAAAAGAAGCCUCAAACUGCUCCAUUCCAAUAAAACCUAACUCAGAAGGUGAUCAAGACUAAAUUUCCUGACCUGAUUUAUCAAAAACAAGUCAUGAACCUAAAUACUCAAAAUUUGUACUACAUAAACAAUUCAAACAGGAUCCAACCUGUGUACAGUUUUGAUACACAAAAGUACAAAAAUACUCAAGCGUCUGAUCAACAAAGAUUCAGGAUGAUGUCAAAGAAUUAGCCAGUUAGAUGUAAAACAGAUUGACCGUAUCGGGCGUAUAAACAUCCGAAAAGAGUCAAUUAUACCAGCAAGUAACCUUCCAAUUCCUGCGAUAAAACUCAAUAUGCCAAAUACGUUGUAUGAAUUGACGAAGAAAGAGAUAGCCCAUCUGAAAUCCCUCGAAGAGCAAUGGAGCGGCCAAUACGAGAAGUACAAAGUUAAAUAAAAUCCACAAUAUUUAUGACAUCAUGAAACCCUUGCAUCCCGAUUCUAUCCAAGCUAACAAGAUCGAAGAGAGUGAAAAACUAAAACCUGAAGUUCAAGAUCCCAAUGACUUCUCACAGAUUCUGAGUGAGAUCAAAACCCCAAGGCAUGAUAAACAUCAAAGAGAUAUACAAAACUUCAAGGACUUCAUCGAAAGUGAAGACUUCUCGAAAAGUAGCGUGACAAGUCCCAUAUUAUACACACCAAGCAGACUAAGUGAUAUAGGCAAAGGUUACCCAAAAAUAAAUUACAGUAGAGAUAUAUCCUCACCUUCGCUCUCAGAAGCGAGUAUUUCAUCAUUUUCGAGCGAGGAAACUCAAAAACUGCAUCAAUUCUUACACUAUGAAGCUCCUAAAAAGGAACCACAGAUUGCCAAAUCUAAAAGCACGAUAAAACAGACAGAGAGUAUCAUUGAAGCGAAACCAAACACUAGAGUUACAUCGAACCAAAACGUCCUCAAAUUUAAUCAAAUUGUUCAGGCUAUUACAGAUCACAAACCAGUCAAUAUCUCUAAAAAUAUACAGAAUCCAGUAGACUUCCAGCCGUUAAAGAGAGGGAAGAGUACAUUCCACAAGGAAGUCAGCAAGACCAAGCUCAAUUCUGACCUUGAUUUUGACUUCCAAAAAGCAGUUCCUCAGAGACUAGAAGACAAGAGUAAAUAAAAUCUCGAGGUUUCUGUCACCAGAGCCUAUACUCUCUGAAAAAGAGAUAUCGAGCCUUACUCGGACAAGGUUUCUUCCUGCUCCAAACAGCUUAAUUAAAGCACCUCAGAAUAUUCCUCAAGAAGUGGCUCAAGUUGUUCAAAAAGUCCCAGUCAGGACUACCAAGAGAACAAGAGCUAGCUUACUCAAGAGAAUCAUUGAUGAUAAAAGCUUCGUAAAAGUGAAGUCUAACUCUCCAAAAUUCAGAAUGGCUGCUAGAAUCAAACAUGAGCUACAAAAGACCCAGAACAAAGAGAUCAGGUCUCUUGAUCAUAACCGCACGCUUAAUAUUUUUCAACGCAACCAGUCGAAGCAUCAGAGGAUUCGUGAGAUCGAGCUGAAACGACAUCAGAUAACUACAAUGAAGUUUAGAAGAAGAAUUAACAGACAAAAUAGGGAGCUAAACAAACAAGACUUCCACAAAGGAAUUAAAGCUGCCUUACCUAUAAAAUCUUUUAAGAUAAACUUCGAUCAGAGCAGGUCUGGACUCCCAAGUUUCAGGAGCCAGAACUCCCCCCGUCUCAUGCCUCUCACACUGAUCUAACCCAUCUCCGGCCAAAACUACUCCCAAAAAUACGAAAAAUCAACUG